GCCGCCGCCGCCGCGCAAUCCGCCGCCAUCCGCCGCCCCCCGCGCCCGGCCGCCGCCCGACCGCCAUCGCCCGGGCCCGUCGCUCGCGGACGCAGACCAGGCAAAUCGGGAGCGGUGCUGAGAAAAAUUUCCUUACUAGAUGACAUUUCAUCGCAAUGUCCGAUCGUUUGGGGCAAAUAACCCAGGGCAAGGAUGGGAAAAGCAAGUAUUCGACUCUCAGCCUGUUUGACAAGUAUAAAGGGAGAUCAGUAGGCUCGGCCAGAUCCUCAGUUAUUCCUAGACAUGGCUUACAGAGUCUCGGGAAAGUUGCCACAGCCCGGCGUAUGCCACCGCCUGCAAACCUGCCAAGCCUGAAGUCUGAAAACAAAGGAAACGACCCCAACAUCGUGAUAGUACCCAAGGACGGGACAGGAUGGGCCAACAAGCAGGACCAGCAAGACCCAAAGAGUUCCAGUGCGACAACCUCUCAGCCGCCGGAGUCGCAGCCGCAGCCGGGUUUGCAGAAAUCUGUCUCCAAUUUACAGAAACCGACACAGUCAAUCAGUCAGGAGAACACAAAUUCAGUGCCAGGUGGACCAAAGUCAUGGGCACAGCUGAGUGGAAAGCCAGUCGGACACGAAGGUGGUUUAAGGGGCUCAAGCCGACUAUUAUCCUUCUCUCCCGAGGAAUUUCCGACGCUGAAAGCAGCUGGCGGGCAGGACAAGGCUGGCAAAGAAAAGGGCGUCUUAGAUCUGUCGUAUGGGCCAGGACCAAGCCUCCGCCCUCAGAAUGUGACAAGCUGGCGGGAGGGCGGUGGGCGAAACAUCAUUUCUACCACGUCUCUGAACGCCUCCCCUACAGAGCUGAGCAGCAGGAACUCCAGUUCGGGCGAUGGAGCCCCCUCCUCGGCAUGCACCAGUGAAUCUAAGGACCCCUCUCUCCGCCCAGCCCAGCCCAUCCGCAAAGGGGCCUCACAGUUCAUGGGGCACACUUACCAGCCUCCCACAUACCAUGACAUGCUCCCUGCUUUUAUGUGUUCACCACAGUCAUCAGAGAACCAGGGUACGGUAGAACGAAGCUCCUUCCCCCUUCCUCAGCUCCGCCUAGAACCUCGGGUCCCUUUUAGGCAGUUCCAGAUGAAUGACCAAGAAGGGAAAGAAAGGCCAGGCCUGGCACGCCCAGUGCGCCCACUGAGGCAGCUGGUGGAGCGGGCACCACGGCCCACCAUCAUCAAUGCAGAAAACCUGAAGGGCCUAGAUGAUCUGGACACCGAUGCAGACGAUGGCUGGGCAGGCCUCCAUGAGGAAGUGGACUAUUCUGAGAAACUGAAGUUCAGUGAUGAUGAAGAUGAGGAGGAAGUUGUGAAGGAUGGGCGGUCCAAGUGGAACAGCUGGGACCCAAGGCGGCAGCGGGAGUUGUCACUGAGCUCUGCAGACAGUGCUGAUGCCAAGCGCACUCAGGAGGAAGGAAAGGAAUGGGGAGAAGCAGCAAGUGUGACCCGCAUCGUCCGAAAGGUGCCAGAGCCUCCGCCUCCUUCCCGGAAGCUGCAGAGCUGGCCAUCUGGCUCUGACUACCAGAAGCCCACAAUGGGCAGUGUAUUCCGACAACACUCUGCUGAAGACAAGGAGGACAAGCCGCCCCCACGGCAGAAGUUCAUCCAGUCAGAGAUGUCAGAGGCCGUGGAGCGAGCCCGAAAGCGCAGAGAAGAAGAAGAGCGCCGGGCCCGGGAGGAGAGGCUGGCAGCUUGUGCGGCCAAACUCAAGCAGCUGGACCAGAAGUGCAAGCAGGCCCAGAAGGCCAGUGAGGCCCCAAAGCCAGUGGAGAAGGAGGUCCCCCGAUCCCCUGGCACUGAGAAGGUCUCCCCACAGGAGAACGGCCCUGUUGUCUGCAAAGGCUCCCCAGAAUUCCCUGUCCAAGAAGCACCCACCAUGUUCUUAGAAGAGACACCUGCAACGUCCCCUGCAGUGGCGCAGAGCAGCAGCAGCAGCAGCAGUAGCAGCAGCGAGGAAGAAGUCAGGGAGACUGGGUCCCCUGCACAGGAGUUCAGCAAGUAUCAGAAGUCCCUUCCUCCUCGUUUCCAGCGGCAGCAGCAGCAGCAGCAGCAACAGCAACAGCAGCAGCAGCAGCAGCAGCAGCAGGAGCAGCUAUACAAGAUGCAGCACUGGCAGCCCGUGUACCCCCCGCCUUCGCACCCCCAGCGCACCUUUUACCCACACCACCCCCAGAUGCUGGGCUUCGACCCACGCUGGAUGAUGAUGCCCUCCUACAUGGACCCACGCAUCACACCCGCUCGGACACCUGUGGACUUCUACCCCUCGGCCCUGCAUCCGUCAGGACUGAUGAAGCCCAUGAUGCCCCAAGAGUCCCUCAGUGGGACUGGCUGUCAUUCUGAAGAUCAGAGCUGUGUGCCCUCACUCCAAGAAAGAAAAGUGACCACCAUCGACCCAGCUCCUGUGUGGAGCCCAGAGGGCUACAUGGCACUGCAGAGCAAAAGCUACUCACUGGCACCCCCAAAGUCUGCUGAUACUCUGGCCAUGGGCGCGCAUGUCAGGAAUGAAAGGUCUUACUCUGCCUCCCCCGGAAGGUCAGGGGGCAUAAGUGCCCAGCGCGAUCUCUUUGAGGAGAGAGGGGAGGAGUACUUGAGUGCUUUUGACAAGAAGGCCCAAGCAGACUUUGACAGCUGUAUCUCUUCUCAAAGAAUAGGCCAGGAGCUUUUAUUUCCACCCCAGGAAAAUGUUCAGGAGGUGGGUGCUCCUGGGGGUCGUACCCCAAACCUCAGGUGUUCCCCAUUGGAGCCCGACUUUGUCCCAGCCGAGAAAAAGCCAGAGUAUGGCAGUUGGGAUGUUGGCCACCAGCCAAAGGCUGCUGACACAGCCAACAGCGUCGAGCUGGAGGCUCCCCGGGAGGAGCCAUCCUUCCAUGUUCCCUCCUGGGAGAAGGAAGGGAGCCCCAAGAAACAGUCAAACCCAGAGCCCGAGUGGACACCUGAGCCCCGAAGCCAGCACCAAGAGCAGCCAGGCAGGACGCGGAGGUCGGGCCCCAUCAAGAAACCCGUCCUCAAGGCCCUGAAGAUAGAAGAGAAGGAGAAGGCACUGGACAGGGGCAGGCAAGGCCUGGGAGAGGAGAGCUCACAGCCGGCCAUAGACAAAGAGCCCAUGUGCAGGGCAGAAGAGGAUGAGGAUGAAGAAAAUAACCCUGCUCUGGCCAAUGCCUCCUCCUCUGCCCUGGAGGACAAGGCUGCUGCCCGGACAGGGUAUGGCCAUGAGACCAGCAAGCUGGAUGAAGAUGCAAAGUCUGAUAAGACCUGGGAGAGCAGGCCCUCAAAGGAGGCCAAUGACAUUCCUCCAACCAAGAGAAAUAACUGGAUCUUCAUUGAUGAGGAGCAGGCCUUUGGGGGCCGGGGCCAGGCCCGCAGCCGUGGUCGUGGUUUCAGAGAGUUCACCUUCCGAGGCGGCCGGCCUGCAGGCAGCAACACAAAUGGUCUGUGUGGCACAGGUGUCCUUGGGACUCGCAGCAUAUACAGUAGUGGCCAGCGCAGUGGCCGAGGCAGGGCCCUUCGUGACUUCCCGCUGCCAGAAGACUGCCCCAGAGCCAAGCCUAGGCGCCGCAUUGCCAGUGAGACCCACAGUGAGGGCUCUGAGUAUGAGGAGUUGCCCAAGAGACGGCGUCAGCGGGGCUCAGAGCCUGGCCACGAGGGCAUGCUCCUGGAAAGGGACGAGGGUGCCUUGAGAAAGGACUCUUGGCGCUCCAACAGGACUUACACAGAGGACCAGGGUGGCCUAGACGCCCGUAGCCGGGGAGCCCGGGCCUGCGGGAGAGCCCUCCCACCUCGCCUAAGCAACUGCAGCUAUGGCCGCAGGUCCUUUGUUGCCAAAGAGUCUCCCCACUGGCAGAGCAGGAGCCCAGGCAACUCCUGGCAGGAGUAUGGCCCCUCUGACCCGUGUGACCCUCGGCGAACCACUGACAGAGACUAUAUCCCAGAAUCCUACCGACACACUGACACAUUUGGCAGCAGGGUCUUUGAGGACAGCCGCAUGGAGGACAAGAGGUCGUCCUUUUUCCAAGAUGACCAUGGGGCAGAUUCUGAAAAUGCAGAGAACAGGCCCUUCCGUCGGAGGCGGCCCCCACGCCAAGACAAACCCCCUCGCUUCCGGCGCCUCCGUCAAGAGCGGGAGUCCCUGGGCCUGUGGGGACCUGAGGAGGAGUCCCACCUGCUGGCAAGUCAGUGGCCAGGCCGGCCCAAACUCUGUCCUGGGGACAAGAGUGGUCCUGGAGGUCACAGAUCCCCGGAGCUCUCCUACCAGAAUUCUUCUGAUCAUGCCAACGAAGAGUGGGAGACUGCCUCUGAGAGCAGCGACUUCAGCGAGCGUAGGGAACGGCGAGAAGGCCUUGCAGCUGAGCCUGAAGCACAAGGGGAUGGUGGCCUGUCAGGGGCCAGUUUGGGUGAGAAGAAGGAGCUGGCCAAGCGGAGCUUCUCCAGCCAGAGGCCCCUGGCUGACAGACAGAGCCGCAAGCUGGAGCCGGGAGGGUUUGGGGAGAAGCCUGUUAGGCCAGGUGGGGUUGAGACUUCCCCCCACUGCGAGAGCAAGCAGAGUGGGACGCCUCUGAAAGUCAAAAGGUCUCCAGAUGAGGCCUUGCCCGGAGGCCUUGGCUGCAGCAAUGGAAGCCACUCAUCCUAUGCCUUGGAGCGGACCACUCACGCCAGCUCUGACAGUCCUGAAACCACCAGUAAGAAAGCAGAGAAGGAGGCUGCCUUGGCUGCCCAGAGGGCUGGUGAGCAGCAGGAAGAGGCCCGGAAGCAGUUUGACCUGGGCUACGGAAAUGCCAUCAUUGAUAACUGUGGAUCCAGCCCUGGGGAAGAGAGUGAAGUGGGCUCCAUGGUGGGCGAAGGCUUCAUUGAAGUCCUGACCAAGAAGCAGCGCCGCCUGCUGGAGGAGGAGAGAAGAAAGAAGGAACAGGCUGCUCAGACAGGAGAAAAUGGAGUCACGGUACCUGUCAAAGGUCGAGGCCUUUCAUCACGUAUUCCUCCUCGCUUUGCUAAGAAGCAGAGCAGCCUCUGUCUGGAGCAAGGCGACGUGGCUGUGCCCGGCAGCAGCCUUGGCACGGAGAUCUGGGAGAGCGGCAGCCAAGCUCUCCCUGUGCAGGGUGCAGCCAGUGACUCAUGGAGGAAAGCUGUCACUGCCUUCAGCAGUACUGAGCCUGGCCACUCAGAGCAGGGUUUUAAAAGCAGCCAGGGAGAUAGUGGCGUUGACUUAAGUGCUGAGUCUCGGGAGUCAUCCGCAACCUCCUCACAGCGAAGUUCCCCAUAUGGAACUCUCAAGCCAGACGAGAUGAGUGGGCCUGGCCUGGUGGAACCCAAGGCUGACAGCCACAAGGACCAAGCUCAGAAGCAGUCUGAGCACAAGGACUCAGAUCAAAGCCCUGGACAGAACAAGGAGCACAGACCGGGACCCAUCGGCAACGAGCGCUCUCUAAAAAACAGAAAGGGCUCAGAGGGGGCCGAGCGGCUGCAAGGGGCUGGCGUCCCACCUGUUAACGGGGUGGAGAUUCGUGUGGAUUCCGUGCUGCCUGUGCCACCCAUUGAGUUUGGAGUUAAUCCAAAAGACUCUGAUUUCAGCCUGCCACCUGGUUCUGUUUCUGGUCCUGUAGGGAACCCAGUGGCCAAGCUUCAGGAUGUCUUGGCUAGUAAUGCAGGACUGACACAGAGUAUUCCCAUCCUUCGUCGGGAUCAUCACAUCCAGAGAGCCAUCGGCCUGUCUCCCAUGUCUUUCCCUACUGCAGACCUCACACUGAAGAUGGAGUCUGCACGCAAGGCUUGGGAAAACUCCCCCAGUUUGCCGGAGCAGAGCUCUCCAGGAGGUGCAGGCUCGGGCAUCCAGCCUCCAUCCUCUGUGGGUGCCUCCAACGGGGUCAACUACAGCUCCUUUGGUGGAGUGUCCAUGCCACCCAUGCCUGUGGCUUCUGUAGCGCCUUCUGCUUCGAUGCCAGGCAACCAUCUCCCACCUCUGUACCUGGAUGGCCAUGUAUUUGCAAGUCAGCCCCGACUGGUUCCUCAAACGAUACCUCAGCAGCAGAGUUACCAGCAGGCUGCCACUGCCCAGCAGAUCCCGAUCUCCCUCCACACAUCUCUGCAGGCCCAGGCACAGCUUGGUCUGAGGGGUGGGCUCCCCGUCUCCCAGUCCCAAGAGAUCUUCAGCUCCCUGCAGCCUUUCAGGUCUCAGGUGUACAUGCACCCCAGCCUGUCACCGCCCAGCCCUAUGAUCCUCUCCGGGGGCACGGCCUUGAAACCCCCAUACUCAGCGUUUCCCGGCAUACAGCCCUUGGAGAUGGUGAAGCCACAGUCUGGCUCACCCUACCAGCCCAUGAGUGGAAACCAGGCUCUGGUCUACGAGGGCCAGCUCGGCCAGGCUGCCGGGCUGGGCACCUCCCAGAUGCUGGAUUCCCAGCUUCCACAGCUCACGAUGCCACUGCCUCGGUAUGGCUCCGGGCAGCAGCCACUGAUCCUGCCGCAGUCCAUUCAGCUGCCUCCAGGACAGAGUCUCUCUGUUGGGGCCCCCAGAAGGAUUCCUCCACCUGGAUCCCAACCACCAGUCCUGAACACCAGCAGAGAGUCCGCUCAGAUGGAGCUGAAAGGGUUCCACUUUGCCGACAGUAAACAGAAUGUUCCUACCGGAGGCUCCGCACCAUCCCCGCAGGCCUACAGGCCUAGCUCUGCUAGCCCCAGUGGGAAGCCCUCUGGAUCAGCAGUUAACAUGGGCUCUGUGCAGGGACACUACGUUCAACAGGCAAAGCGAGUGGAUGAAAAACCCAGCCUGGGAACCGUGAAGCUGCAGGAGGCCUCCUCAGCCGCUUCCCAGAUGAAGCGGACCGGAGCAAUCAAGCCUCGGGCCGUCAAGGUGGAGGAGAGUCAAGCCUGAAGGGAGGAGAGUCAAGCCUGAAGGGAGGAGAGUCAAGCCUGAAGGUGCCUGGCAUCUUUGCCUCACCCUAACAGGGAUGGUGCACCACCGCCGGCCUGGACUGCCACCACCUGGGACCUUGCCAGAUCCACCAUCCUACUGUCCUACCACUUGGCCUGGACAGCGCUCUCUUGUGCUCCCAAGAGCUCCUGAGAGUUCCUUGUCAGCCAGCCCACACCGUAGAUAUAUGGCAUUGACCUGCUUGCUUUGGUACAAAAGAGCAGACUCCCCUCCUUCCCGCCCUCUGCCCAGUGACUGUGGAGUGAGUCUCCUGUGCAGUGCAGACCCGCCCGCCCGCCCCGUUCCCCAGGCACAGUGGUUUGGCAGCAGGGUCAUUGUAGCUGGAGGCUUUUUGUUUUAAAAAGCAGCUAUGGUUUUUACAAAGGGGAAAGGAGAACAAAAUGCUAGCUACGUCUAUAUAGCUGAACUUUUAUACGUUCCUUGCUGUCCUCACUGCUCUGCUGUCUCCAGUGGUCUCCUUUUAUCUGUCCUGUUUGACAUGUCACAGCGCUACCUUAAGAGGUGAUUCUUAAGAGUGACCCUCCCCCCCCCACACACACACACAGUUGGCUAACCUUUAGAGUCAUCAAGGAUAUGACUAGACCAUCUGGUUGGCCCAUCACUGCCGAGGGCACUGUUAGGUUGGUGCCUGAGUUCAGUUCCACCCUCGAGCCUGGAGUUAAUGUUUCGGCAUAAGAAUUAUUAUUUGUUCUGGGCCCUUCUGAAGUCAUUGGGCUUACUGAGUAGCGGGCACCAGAGAGGGAUUGUGAAGUUAGUCAGCAUUGUUUUCCAGAUUGGCAGAAGAGGGCAAGGCACAGACCCCACUUGGGGACUAUGCGUUUGAGGCUCUGUGCACUUGGGGACUAUGCAUUUGAGGCUCUGUGCCUUGGCACUCUGGGUGGCUGUGUUCCCCACUCAUUUCCUUUCCUCCUCCUCUGGGUCCCUGUCCAUCCACCCCUCACAGCUUAUCACCAAAAUUAGGACAAGGACGUAGAUGGGUACCUGUUAAGAGUUUGCAACAGGAAAGGCUAUGGAACAUUCCUCAUGUCCUUCACUCCCAGCAACAAAGCAGGAUGUUGGCAGUUGGUUGCCAAGUUGCCUAUCCUUAGACAGCUGGGCGGGGCCAAGGUACCAGUGGCCAGCUGAAAAGCCUGUGUAGCCUCCUUCCCUAAGAGGAUGGUUGGUUUCUUGCCGGUUUUGUGAGCUCUUGUAUGCUGAGCUUCUUGCUUUCACUGAGAACAAGGCAAUCAUCCUGCUGCCCAAAGGAAAGUGAGGGGGAACGUCACCCUGCUCAGACGCUCUUCAGGAUUUCCCAGGUCAUCACCCACUUGGGGAUGCUGGGAAGGACCACCUGCCUCAAAGCGCUCAGUUAGUGGCAGGGCUGGGACAAAUCAUCUGUCCUGAUCACCAUGGAUGUGAGAGCCGAGAAGCCUCUUAGAAGCCCUGCAGUGGCUUCAUGCUGCCUUGCUACUUGUUAGAAGGAAGCAAACAUCAGCUUCCCCCAGCAAGCAGUGCCAUGUCCCCAGGGUUCCCUGACAGGGCAGUCUUAGGAAAAGCAUCAUUGUAUCAGAAGUCUCAGCCUCUCUCCCUUCUUGCCUCUGCUCUCCAACUUCGUCCAGUGUUUGUCCCUCUUCUCUCACAGUCUCCUCAGAAGCACUGCCCACGCAGAGUACCUCAUCUGCUGUUCCACUCACCCUGGGAGUGUGGUUACCGUCCCAGUGACUGUGUCCUGUGUCCCACUGCCAAGUCUUGGUAAAAGCCACACAGUCACCUCUGCCUGUCCUUAGAAUUGCGGCCAGACUCACAUCACCUAACGCUGGUGGACAUACAUUAUGUGUCAAAAGAAGCGUUUUCUCCUUCAGAAUUUCAGUCCAGGAUGCUGUUACAAACUCAAAAUGUGUCCUUUAGGUAGCCUGCUGUCAGAAUGGCAGUACUUCCUGUUUGAGAAGAAAAAUGAGGAGGUUGCCUGUUUUCAGCCCUUUCUCUCACCCUGUGUCCCUCCUGCCUCCCACCCCGAAUAAAGACGAGAAACACUAGAAUUUAUUUAUAUGUAUUGAUGUUGUAGGUCUAGAAAAGAAAAGUGAAUGUCCCACUGCUCCGUUUAUAUAGUGUCUGAAUUACUGUGCAGGAAAGGCCAGGAAACUGCAUGUGAGAUUUGAUAUGCUCACCACCUGUAACCUCAGCUGUGGGCUCUUCCCCUCUGAGGUGCACAUUUGCAAUUAGAUUCUGGGGACAGGGCAGGCUUCAGGCCUCCGAAUGUCCCUGACCCUCGUAUGAUCUGGUCAAGCCAAGUUUUUAGUACAGAGACAUUAUAAGGUGCAAUAUCUCUUCAUGUGGUUUUUAGAGCCAAGCUCAAGGCGUAAUAGGACUUGGGGUCUUAUUUUGGUUUCAAACCCCCAUCUUCAGAUCAUAGAUAAAAACAUAGGAGCUCUGUCAAGGUGGCCUUUAGUGGAAGCAGGCAAAACCCAGCACCUAUGUUUUCUACUGCUGAGCUGGGGUGGGGUGGGGCAGAAUUGCUUAUUUCUGCCUACUAAAGUCACCUAAUGCCGGUGACUUUGUUGGGGCCACUGAUGGUGUGAUCCAUGACUUGGCAACCAGGAACUCUUUGGUCCUGUUGGUCCUGGUGGUACGUUCAGCAUGUGACAUGUACCGACUGAACUCUGCUGCCAGCUGCACUUAGUCGGGUUUAACAGUUGCUCUCCUUGUCUUAUUCCCGAAUUCACACAACACUUGUGGACAUAGAUUCCUUGAGGGGGUAAACAAAGGAUGAUUACAUUACACAUUCUGAACAGCUGGUUCAGUUCUAAAGCCAUGGUCACUCCGCUGCUGCUAGGACAAUGUGUCAAUAUCAACAUUGGUCUCCGGUCUUCUGCAGCUACCUUCCAGAUGGGCAGUGAUGAAGUCGCGAAUGAUUGACACUUGGAGUUCAGGGCACAGGCCAUGAGGCAGCUCUGGUUAAGCCUACCCCCACACCCUGGCAUCUAUUAGGUACCCUCUCUACCAGGCAUUCAGGUCCAUUUUGUCCUCGUUUCCAGCAAUGCAAGCCUGGGUUAGAGGGCCUGUUGGGAGUCUUACAACCAAGGGGACUUAAAUGUGUCUUCUGUUGUAUUCUUUGAUGAGUGGAAAAUCGGGACUUCCAGAAAGCCAACUGUCUUCAUGAGAUGGCUCUAAGACAAGUUAGGUCAUCUGGAAAGAGUGGCUCAGUGUUGGGGACCAGCACUGUUGCCUAGCUGUGUGCUCUACCAGGCCCACCAGCUCUGGCUGGUGACCUUCCAGGCAUGACACCUGUGACUACCACCCUUUCAGACCUGCAACAUCCCAAGGCCCCAUCGUUGGCAUGUCACAAUCCCAGAGCAGCCGCUCCUGUGAAGGCUCUGUGCAAGCCUCCUCAGCUGUUGAAAGAGGUCCUGUGCCCUCAGUUUUCAACCUCACACCCUUUGAGGAAAAGGAUUUGGGGGGGUUGUUCUUUUUGAGGGCUUUUUUUUUUUUUUUUUUGCUUUUAUUUUAUUUUGGCCUUUCCUCUGUCUUUUCACUUAGACCGGAUAUUUGAAAGGGCAGACGAUGCUAAAGGUGUACUGUGCAGCUUGUUUAGACGUGAUUUGGGGAACCUCUUACCUCGGAUGGGAAAUGGAAUCGUGACCCUCACCCUCCCUUCCCUCCGGUUCAGUCCCUGUUGUUUCUCCUUUCAAAUAUGUGAUUGUAUUAGCUCUUUCCAUAUGAAAGAACUCUCCUUAUUUAAAUAAAAAAGUAUAAAAAAAUAAAGCCAAA